AUGUCUCGGAGCCAAAAUCAGGACGGAGAGGAGGCGACUGGCCGCGUGUCCGCGCGUGCUGUUCUGAGGACAAAGACGGCGUUUCAAAUCUACAAGGACGAUGGCGCACAAGGGAAUGUCAGUGACUUCAGUACGCUUCCCAAUGACGAGGUGCUGCCGUACAAGAUACAAGCCGACGAAAUGACUCUGAUGGGGGCCCUUGAAAUUGUCGAGGCAGACCCCGCGGACCGAAGGAUGUAUGGACCCGCCACCCUGCACCUGGUGGUUAACUACUUGUCCGACAUUCUCUCCUUCAUCCCACUGGGGGGCCGUUCGCACGAGUUGCCGACAGUCGCCAUAAACUACAACGCCCUUCAGCGUGUCGUGGCCCUGUACGGGGUCCCAGAAUCCGUGAAGGACGCACUCGCGCAGCUCGCCGCAUCAUAUCUCAGCGCCUCCGAGGUGCCUAUUCGUGACAUUUCUUCCUUGCUGGAUAAAUUUAGCGACACUGAAAAGGCCCUGCGGCAUGAAUUGCGUGACGCGGGGGAAAAGGUUGGGAUAUUUACAAGAUCCACCGUCCCUGUCUCGACGUUGGCGACAACAGGUGAGACGACCAUCAAUGAUGUUGUCGCCCCUGCAGCGACCUCACAGAAACUCCCGCGGAAGCGCCGGGCCUCCUCGCGGGAUGAAAUAUUGCCCGCAAGAAAAACAGAGGAGGCCGACACGGCGCCACAAAUUAAGGUGAUGAAAAUGGAAGGGCAUGAGAAGGCACCCAGUAAUGCGAAGAAUAACAAUUCGCAGUUGACAUUGCAGCGACUGACGUAUGGCCGCCUGCGGACGCUGACAAGUCAAGAGAAGAAGGUUGUCACACUCCUGAAUCAAAUGACUCAGGUUCUUGGUCAGGUGUAUGCGGUACGGUACAAUAACCUGCUGCCUAUAUUUGAACUUCUUGAAAAUAGGGUAAAACAAGCACAAGAAAUCAUCGAUGCGGAGCGUGCCAACAUUCAGUCUAAAUCCGAAAACACCGAGUUAUCGCCUGAGCCGUUUUUGGAAGUGACACUGGAUGGCAUUUUGCGGGCGAUUCAAAAUGCUUCUUAUCGGUUUAAAACCGAUGAGGAAUGCCGCUAUGAAUUGGAUGAGGAUUUACUUCACCCCAUUGCACACGCCUGCAUGACAGAAGUUAACCGCAUUGAGGGAUUCACCACGUUGCCUUUUGAAGGUCCAUCCAACCAGGCAAUUAAAGCCAAGGCCAAGGCACGCGAAGCCGCGCGAGCAAAGCGGGAGGAGCAACGUGCAAAGGCUCUUGAGCGGGCAAAGGCUAAGGAAGAAUUACAAGCAAAGAGAGAGGAGGAGCGAAAGCUACUACGUGCCCACCUGGGUGAAUUGGACCCGACGAGCCUCGUGGAGGACAUGAGUAUUAAAAACCCCAUUCAAACCGGUUACGUGCGCUAUAGCAAAUUGCCGCUGGAACCGCCUGAAGACUACGAAAGGGCCCUCUUUAUUUGGGUCAUGAUUACAUCGCUGCCCAGACCGCUUCAUCUUUCACAGAUGCCGUUUAGUUUGUUUCUAAAAGGCCUGUUGUCGGACGAAGGAUGCGAUAAUGGGCUUAUGGAGGAAGUUGUGCUUGCACUGUUAAAUUUGGCGAUGGAAGAACUACGCUCCUCCAAUGGUCCGAAAGUCUUGACACGAGGUAAAGACUGGUUCGGCAGCAUGGUUGAGUUUGUGGCGGUAUGCAGCGGUAACAAAAAGACACGCCCACCGCGGCGCCCGAAGGUUGUCUCGUACGAAGAAGAGGAAGAGGAGGAGGAAGAGGAAGAGGAGGAGGAUGACAGUGACGAGACGGGGGACGAAGAAGAGGAGGACAGUCGAAACACAGAAUGGGAGGAGGAAGGAGACGAUAAUGAUGAUGAAGCGGAAUCCGCCGAAUCAAACGGGGAGGAAGAGGGAAAAGUGCAAACAGAAGGGGAAGAAAAGAAGGAAAGCCUGAAAAAAAAAAAGACCCCAGAAAAUGAGACAGACAACUUGGACGCGGGGAUAAAAGCCACGCUGGAAAAAGUAGCGGAGCUGCGGCAAAUGGCCGCUUGGGGUAACGUGGACAUAGAGGAUCGGUUAAAUCUUUUGCGUUACAUGGUGUUGGCGGCUCUUAGCUCUCCCGUAGCGAGGGAAGGGGCGGAAAAGAUUAGAAAGAUGCAUGAGGAUAUGCAGGUAACGAUGGAAAAGCGAACGAAGGAAAUUCGAGAAGGAGUCCAUAAGGAACUUACUUCUUUUUUUCGGCAUUUUUCUUCUUCGAAAUCAGCGAAGGGCAACUCCGAGACAUAUGAAUCCAAGCGGAAGAAAUUGAUUGAAGAGAUGGAGCAGAAGCUGCAAAAUAUCGUGAAUGAACAUUUGGGCAUGCAGGACGGAAAAGACAUUGGUGCCCUUAUCCGCCCACUCGGUAUGGAUCGCUACCGACGAAUGUUUUGGCGAUUUCCAUUUGAUCGUCACGUUCUUGUUCAAUCGACUGCUGCCACGGAUCCCAACUUUCCCAUAUUGCCUGAGCCACGAGAACUUUUGACUGAGAGCGUGAAGGAUCUAAAACCCAAGUUGCUUGAUGACUCAGAUGAAGACAACUUCAGUAAUGGAAAUGGCAAUGGCCAUACGAACCACAGGGAAGAUGUUACGCAGCGGGUGUGGGGCACUGUGCCGCCGGAAUAUUUAGGGCACUUCAUUGAGGGAUUAGACCAGCGGGGUGUAAGAGAGGCGGCGCUCCGACGCACACUUGAAUCCAUUCAGCCCUAUUUGCUUAAUUUGAAGGAGCCGCCAGUUAGCCGUGUGACUCGGACGCGGUCUCACAGCUUUGGCUAUUUCAAUAAGUUGAAAAUUGAACCAUAA